AUGGAAGAAAAGAGAUUUGUGCACCUGCGCAACGGCAAGAUUUACAGCACCACCGGGGUGGGGCGCGAGAGUGCGGCAGAUGCGGCGACGCCACCCACCACCGACCACCUCCUCAAGACCGACCUCGUUCUCGACACUGCCAGCGGCCGCAUCGUCGACGUGUGGUCCACAGACGACAGCCAGCAGCAGCCGACGUCAGUCGCCCUCCCGCCCGCCGACGACACCCGCGUGAUCGAUCUCGAGGGCAAGCUCGUCCUCCCGGGGCCGCACGACUCGCACAUCCACGUGCUGGGCCUGGGCAAGAUGCUGUCCUACCUCCACCUUAAGGAGGUGGGUUCGAUGGGCGAGCUCAAGGACAAGCUGCGCGCCUAUGUCGACGCCAAGCGGAACGCCGGAGAACUCCAACCGGGAAGGUGGGUGGUGGGGUUUGGGUGGGACCAGGACCUGAUGGGCCACAACGGGUACCCGUCGCGGCAGGACCUGGACGAGGUGGUGCCCGACGUGCCGGUGCUGCUGCUGCGGGCGUGCCUCCACAUCGGCGUCACCAACACGGCCGGCCUUCGCGCCGCGGGUAUCACGAGGGACACGCCCAGCCCGCCCGGCGGGCAGAUCGAUAAGGACCCGCAGGGCGAGCCGACCGGCAUCGUACGCGAGCUCGCCCUCGACCAAGUUCAGCGCCUCAUCGAAAACGAUCGCGAGACGUUGAAGAAGUACAUCGAAACGGCCAUCAAGUACUGCGUGUCGGUGGGGCUCACGGCCGUGCAUGCCAACGACGACGCUCCCGCCUGGCAGCUGUACGAGGAGCUGCAGCAGGAGGGGAAGCUGCCCAUCCGGGUGUACCUCACCGUCUACCACCACGAACUCGACCGGCCCGACAUCCCCAAGCCCCUCUCCCAAACCGGUCUGUUGGAGUGCCACCGCGUGAAGAUCAUCGCCGAUGGCAGCCUGGGCGCAGAAACGGCCGCCCUUCGCCAGCCCUACGUGGGGAAGGACGCCAAGGGCUUGCUCAUCUACUCCCGUCCCACCCUCGUCUCCAUGGUCAAGAAGGCUCACGACCUCGGCUACCGCUUGGAGGUGCACGCGAUCGGCGACGAGGCCGCAGAGGCGGUGCUAGAGGCCUUUGAGAAGGCGGGCGUGCAGCCCGAGGAUCGGCCCAUCCUCACCCACUGCCAGAUCCUUGGACCCGACCUACUUGACACCAUGGCCCGCCUCGGCGUCAUCGCCAACGUCCAGCCGCAGUUCGUGACGACGGACAGUUUGUGGCUGCACAAGCGGGUGCAGCCGGAGGUGCUCCCGUACUGCUACGCCUGGAAGACCAUGCUCGGCAAGGGUAUUCGGGUGGCCGGUGGUUCCGAUGCGCCGAUUGAGCUGCCCGACCCCUUCCUCGGCCUCUACGCGGCGAUCUUCAGGCACGACACCAACAAGCAAACGUGGCGCGAGGAGGAGCGGCUCACCUUCGACGAGGCCCUCCACAUCUACACCGCGAGCGGCGCCUUCACCGCCAAGCGGGAGGACGAGCUCGGUAGUUUGGAGCGGGGCAAGAAGGCCGACUUCGUGGUGGUGUCCCACCGCGUGGACCUCGACCCGGCCCUGCUGGCCCACCACGGACCCGACCAGGUCUGGGUCGACGGCCGCCUGCGCUGGCACUCGGCCAUGGGCCGCGAGGUCGGCGCCCGCGGCAAGACCUGCUCCUGCUGA